AUGGAGCGCUACCUGUUGGGGCUGCGCGCGCUCGUGGCGCUCGCCGUGCUGCAGCGCUCCGGCGGCGGCGGCGCGGCCAAGGAGCUCACGUGCCAAGAGAUCUCGGUGCCGCUGUGCAAAGGCAUCGGCUACAACUACACGUACAUGCCGAACCAGUUCAACCACGACACGCAGGACGAGGCGGGCCUCGAGGUGCACCAGUUCUGGCCGCUCGUGGAGAUCCAGUGCUCGGCGGACCUGCGCUUCUUCCUGUGCAGCAUGUACACGCCGAUCUGCCUGGAGGACUACAAGAAGCCGCUGCCGCCUUGCCGCAGCGUGUGCGAGCGCGCCCGCGCCGGGUGCGCGCCGCUCAUGCGCCAGUACGGCUUCCCCUGGCCGGACCGCAUGCGCUGCGAGCUGCUGCCCGCGCAGGGCAACCCGGACACGCUGUGCAUGGACUAUAACCGGACGGACGCGACCACGGCGGCGCCCGCGCCGCCCAAGCCCACGGGCCACCCGGGCAGGGCGCCGAACCCGCCGCACCGGGGCAGGGGCCGCGCCGGCGGCGGAGGCGGCGGCAAGCACAACAAGGGGGCUGCGGGCGGCGGCGGGUGCGAGCCUGGCUGCCAGUGCCGUGCGCCCAUGGUGCAGGUGACCAGCGACCGGCACCCGCUGUACAACCGCGUGAAGACGGGCCACAUGGCCAACUGCGCCAUGCCGUGCCACAACCCGUACUUCACGGCGGACGAGCGGAGCUUCACGGCCUUCUGGAUCGGCCUGUGGUCCGUGCUGUGCUUCGUGUCCACCUCGGCGACCGUCGCCACGUUCCUCAUCGACAUGGAGCGCUUCAAGUACCCCGAGAGGCCCAUCAUCUUCCUGUCGGCGUGCUACAUGUUCGUGUCGGCCGGCUACAUCGUGCGCCUCGUGGCCGGGCACGAGAAGGUGGCGUGCAACCGCGAGUUCGACGUGGAGCACAUCCACUACGAGACGACGGGCCCGGCGCUCUGCACCGUCGUCUUCCUGCUCAUCUACUUCUUCGGCAUGGCCAGCUCCAUCUGGUGGGUCAUCCUGUCUCUCACCUGGUUCCUGGCAGCCGGCAUGAAGUGGGGCAACGAGGCCAUCGCCGGCUACUCGCAGUACUUCCACCUGGCCGCCUGGCUCAUCCCCAGCAUGAAGUCCAUCGCCGUGCUGGCGCUCAGCUCCGUGGACGGAGACCCCGUGGCGGGCAUCUGCUACGUGGGCAACCAGAACCUGGACAACCUGCGCGGCUUCGUGCUGGCGCCGCUCGUCAUCUACCUGUUCAUCGGCACCAUGUUCCUGCUGGCCGGCUUCGUGUCGCUCUUCCGCAUCCGCAGCGUCAUCAAGCAGGGCGGUACCAAGACGGACAAGCUGGAGAAGCUCAUGAUCCGGAUCGGCGUGUUCACGGUGCUCUACACGGUGCCGGCCACCACCAUCGUGGCGUGUUACUUCUACGAGCAGCACAACCGCCACGCGUGGGAGGUGAGCCACAACUGCUCGUGCCUGAGGGAGCAGGAGCCGGGCCGGCCGGACUACGCCGUCUUCAUGCUCAAGUACUUCAUGUGCCUUCUGGUGGGCAUCACCUCGGGGGUGUGGGUGUGGUCGGGCAAGACCCUCGAGUCGUGGCGGACGUUCUGCACGCGCUGCUGCUGGGGCAGCAAGGGUACGAGCGGGGGCUCCAUGUACAGCGACGUGAGCACGGGACUCACCUGGAGGUCCGGUACGGCGAGCUCCGUCUCCUGCCCCAAGCAGCUGCCGUUGUCGCAGGUUUGACGGAGGACACCUCCCCCCCCCCCAAGGGACAGCUUAGCGUGCCGACGGCCUAUCGCCCUGCUCUAACUAGCAUAUUAAUGAACCGCUGUUAGAUGAGCGGAGGGAACCGGUGAAGAGAUGCGUGCCCCGUUAACACUGCUAAACCGUGUCUUCAGCUUGUGCACUUGACCGGAGAAGGGAGGGGGGGGGAGAAAAAUUAGAAACGGUAAAAUUGCAAUUUAUGCCAAGAGCAAAGAGAUAUUUCGUCUUAAAACCUUUAUUUUUUAGCAGAAAACUAGGUUUGUUUAACCUAAACGUACUGCCAGACGAGCGGGACAGGAGUCGAAGGUGGUUUUCGAAUUAAGCCUUAGUACCCAAAUAUUAUACGGGUUUUAUCGCAAGAUAUAUUUAUAUAAUUGUGUACAAAACAUGUAAAUUGUGUGUAAAUGGAAGAACUAUAAGAUGCUGUACAUUUGUAUAAAAUGUAGAUGUUGACUUUGAGAACAAAUGACUUUUAUUUUG